AUGGCAGUGCACGUGUCCCCGAUGUGUGAGCGCGGCGUGAAGUCGGUGCACUUCAGCGAGACGGUCAUGGAGAUUUUACUGCAUGAGUUUCGGAAUGGGACAAACCUGCAAUACGAGAAUCCACGUGGGAUUACACUGUUACUGCUCCUGUGUCUGGUUCUGCUGCUCGCUGUGUGGAACCGCAAUGAGAAAAAGUGCUCCAUUCCAGGUCCCUCGUUUUGUCUGGGGUUGGGUCCCCUGAUGUCCUACUGCAGGUUUAUUUGGAUGGGGAUCGGGACAGCGAGUAAUUACUACAAUGAGAAGUACGGAGACAUGGUGCGAGUGUGGAUCAGUGGAGAGGAGACGCUCGUCCUCAGCAGGCCGUCGGCGGUGUAUCACGUGCUGAAACACUCACAGUACACGUCACGCUUCGGGAGUAAACUGGGCCUGCAGUGUAUCGGGAUGCACGAGCAGGGAAUCAUCUUCAACUCCAACGUCACACUGUGGAGGAAAGUGCGAGCGUACUUCGCUAAAGCUCUAACUGGUCCAGCACUGCAGAGGACGCUGGAAAUCUGCACCACAUCCACAAACACACACCUGGACAAUCUGUCUCGGUUGACGGACGCUCAGGGACAGGUGGACGUCCUGAACCUGCUGCGCUGCAUCGUAGUGGACAUUUCAAACCGUCUGUUCCUGGAUGUGUCUCUGAACGAGCAGAACCUGCUUUCCAAGAUCCACAGGUACUUUGACACGUGGCAGAGGGUGCUGAUCAAACCGGACUUUUACUUCAGACUCAAGUGGCUUCACGACAAACACAGAACCGCUGCUCAGGAGCUUCAUGAUGCCAUUGAGGAGCUGAUCGAGCAGAAACGAAUUGAACUGCAGCAGGCUGAAAAACUCGACAACCUGAACUUCACUGAGGAACUGAUAUUCUCCCAGAGUCAUGGUGAGCUGACGGCGGAGAACGUGAGGCAGUGUGUGUUGGAGAUGGUGAUCGCAGCCCCGGACACGUUGUCCAUCAGUGUGUUCUUCAUGCUGCUGCUGCUGAAACAGAAUGCUGAGGUGGAGAGACGCAUCCUCACGGAGAUACACACUGUACUGGGUGAAGCGGAGUUGCAGCACUCUCAUCUCUCUCAGCUUCGUGUUCUGGAGUGUUUCAUUAACGAGGCUCUGCGUUUUCACCCCGUGGUGGACUUCAGCAUGCGCCGGGCGCUGGAUGAUGAUGUCAUCGAGGGCUACAGGGUGCCAAGAGGGACAAACAUCAUCCUGAACACAGGGCGAAUGCACAGGUCUGAGUUCUUCCCCAAACCUGCAGAGUUCAACCUCAACAACUUCAGCAAACCUGUCCCCAGUCGUUUUUUCCAGCCCUUUGGUUCCGGUCCACGUUCCUGUGUAGGUAAACACAUUGCCAUGGUGAUGAUGAAGGCCGUGUUGGUGAUGGUGUUGUCUCGUUUCUCUGUGUGUCCUGAGGAAAGCUGCACUGUGGAGAACAUCGCAUACACCAAUGACCUCUCACAGCAACCUGUGGAGGACAAACACACACUGAGCGUACGCUUCAUUCCCCGCAACACACACGCGAGAAUCAGCAAAGAAGCAUAAACGCCUCUGUCCUGAAGGUGUCACUAAACUUACUGGGAAAGUUCCAGCUUCACCUCUGACUGUUACAA